GUUUGAUCCACGCGGGGCUUCUGCGCUUCCACACGGCACAGACGCGCAGAGCGGACAGUGAAGCGCUGCUGCUGCUCAUUCUGCUGCUGAUUCCACGGGGGGAGGGGGGACUCGGCUCAUCACAGUCCCCAUCCAGUCACGCUGAAACAGUGUGGGAUUCCUUCACUCCUCAAUCGGGGAUGCGCAUCUGGACCAGAGAGUGUCCAGGGGACAAUUACGCGUCGAGGCGCUCCGCUGUACCUCUUCUCGUCCUGCCCCCGCAGAGGAAAUAAACACGUCGGCUGAGGACAGUUUGGCUGUUUUGUUUUUUUUAUACAAUGGCAGGCGCAAAGUGCCUUCUGAAGACGCCGAGUAACUUCCAGUCGUCUGCCAUGUUUGAAGGCUCAGAGUCUAUCGAGGUGGAGGGAGGCAGCACAGAGAGCGCAGUGCCAUCGUCCAUCAGUGCCUGUAAGAAGGUUCUGUGCAGUAACAGUGUGCUGGACUCAUCGGAGUACUGGCUGAGGAAUGAAAAGGCUCUGUGCAGACUGGGCCUGCUGGAUGACGACACGGAGGGCGGCUGCACCAUGGUCUGUUUUGUAAAUUUGGACCCACAGAACACUGACUGUCGUGAUGACAAAAGCGUCAAGAAAUUGGCAUCGUUGUCUCCGGACCUGCCAAAGCUUGUUGAGUUACUGACCGUCCACCAGCCGAAAGAAAAUGAGAUCCUGCUGCUCGGUGGAUUAGAAGCCACAGAAGCUUGCCAAGCACACCCACACCCCUCAGCUCAGGGCGGGCAGAGAUGCACAGGUGUGUGCCUGCUUCAGUGUUCGGGGAAGAGACGCUCCACACAGCCUGGUAGCAUCAUCUUUGAGAUCAACAAGUUCCUGAUCGGCCUGCAGUGGGGAAAAGAGCGACAGUGUCAGCAGGGCAAAGCGUCUGGACAGCGCCUCGAUGAUGACACCAAUCGCUCCAUCUCGUCCAUAGAGGAAGACUUCCUGACCGCCUCAGAACACUUGGGAGAUGACAGCGAGGACGACGGCUUCAGAAAUGAGCCAGAGAGCGGUGACCUGGGAGAGAGCGUGCCAGAAGCUGCACAGAAACACUGUGUCAGACUUGCAAGUCAUCGGGGACAGCUGGCACGUCAUCAGCACAGGGAGGAUGCCGAGGUGAAAAAGGAAGGGCAUCAGCGAGCGAGCAUCCAGACUAAAGAGUCAGCGGGGUACUACGCCACCAAUCUGGCUGAGUCGGUACUGCAGGAUGCCUUCAUACGGCUCUCUCAAGAUGAAACCUCCUUUGCCUCAGAGGCAGCCAUCAGUGUGUCCCUCUCUAGUUGCCCUCCCAACUUCAAGAGCCCUUCAAAGACUAAACAGCCUUCCCAACAGCGCACCUGCUCUUUUGAACUCCCUAAAAUUGUCAUUGUUCAGAGCCCAGACAGUUCUGACGGGGCUGCAGAAUGGCCGGAGAACCAGGUGCCUGACCACGCUACCAAAACUGGAGAAAAGCAACAGAAUGAGACGCAGGCUCACAUUCCCCACGACAACGGCGGACACGCAUCCAAACAUGUAGAGGUGGCUUUGGCCUGUGCUGCCAAUGUUAUUGGCACUAUUACUACCCCGCAGCUAACAGAACAGCUCGCCAUGGAAUCCGCUUCGGAAGAGGACGUCGAUGAGGAGCUGCAGGAACCAGAAGAUAAAGGGGAGUACUCCUUCUCCUCAGCUAUGUGUGGCAUGGCUCAGGUAGCCGGCGCUGUCGCAGCUGUGGACUUAAUGGAGGAGCCCGGAGACGGCGGCGAUUCGGACACAGAUCCCGCUGAAAUUUACACGGCGUCCCGCGGUCUGCUGUCUGCUGCCGAGGCCUCCGCAGCAUUCACGCUGCACUGCAGCGUGGCAGAGGGAACCAGCGUCGAAGCAUUUCGUGCCAACAUUGCUGAAGUCCUGCAUCGGGAAGCAGCUGAGGUGCUGACUCAGCCGCAAGGCUACAGGAGUGUGGCCCAUCUGCUGGAAACCACGCAUAACAAGAUAGUAGAUGGCAUUACGUUUUCGAAAAAAAGCUACACGGAUGAAAGGGAGGUGGAUGAAUUAAUAAAUGAAGUGGCAGACAGUCUGUUCAAACAUGCUUUAGAGAAGGCAAAAAAGAAAAAGGAACUGGAGGGUACCGGGAAGGAGGCACCAAGCUUUCAGGUAUUUCUGCAAGACAGUGUCAACAAUCUGCUGUUUGAUAUUCUCUGCCUGACACAGAAAAAGAUCAGCCACAUCUCCACGUGUGACCAAGGGUCACGCGACACACGAGAGGGUGAUGCUUGUGUUAAGGAACCUGCUAACAUCAAGGAGGAUGCCAAGGAGCCAUUAAGCCAAUUACAGUGCUUAUUUGGGCAUAAUGAGAAUCUAAGCGGCGUGCUGCACUGCACAGAUAAGUUAUCCACAGUUGCAGGGCUGAAGGAGAAAUAUGCGCUUGAGGAAGGUGAUGUCAUUGCGUCGUCCUCAGCAGCAAACAUCAAAGAACAACAGCAGCAGCCAUUGUGCAGACAAACUCAGUCUAAACCCACCUCCUUGCCAGCCAAAGACUUUUCUGACAGCCACCAGGGCACUGGUGCAAUCAGAGAGCCUUUAAGUGAAAUCCCAGUUCCGCUCACAGAGAGGAGAGGUCGACUGGGGACAGGCAGUGACAGCAGACAGGCCUCUCUGACACCUCAGUCCUCCCUCAACUCUUUCAGAAUAGACUCAGAGUCCAGGACACCGAUUACUUGCUAUGCUGAUGAUUUGGCUUCCACAGUGGUGUCUAUGGCCACAGAACUUGCAGCAAUCUGUCUAGAAAACUCCACUGGGAAACAGCCCUGGUUCUGUGCCCUUAAAGGGUCCUCUGCUGAAGUCCCUGAGGGCUAUUUGAUCCCUGCUUGCCGCACAGUGCUGAGGAGAAAAGAGGGUCAGAACAGCAAUUCAGCUUCCAGAAAACAUCGGGCGCCGCGCCUAAGUGAAAUUAAAAGGAAAACGGAGGAGCAGCCAGAGCUAAUGGAGCGGCUGGUCAACCGGGUGGUAGAUGAGUCGGUCAACCCUGACGAACCGCAGGACCCAUUUGCCCUCUUUGCCUCUGAGGUCACAGCUAGGAUCCUGAACUGCCCUGAACUCAAUGUGGUGGAUACCUCCAAAACAGGCCAGCAACGCAGCAGACUGCAGUGUGAGAGGUGGAGCCGUGGGAAGGCAUCCAGUUAUGAGAGCAUUCCAGAAGAAGACGCGGACCCAUCUGGCACACCCAACACCCUGGGCCCGGGCAGCCGGUUAGGUCAGAACUUGAGUCGCGGCAGCUCGAUUUCUAAGCAGUCCAGCUGCGAGAGCAUCACAGAUGAGUUCUCUCGGUUCAUGGUUAACCAGAUGGAGACCGAGGGCAGAGGCUUUGACCUUCUGUUGGACUACUAUGCAGGGAAGAAUGCCAGCAGCAUCCUGGCUGCUGCUGUACAGCAGGCCGCAUCGAAGAAAAACGGCCACCUUAAUGUCAGGGCGUCAUCGUGCCUGUCUAAACAGUCGAGCACCGAGAGCAUCACAGAGGAGUUCUACAGGUUUAUGCUUCGGGAUAUGGAUAAGGAAAACAAAGAAUGUGGCAUUGCAAAGACUAAAGAGUGGAGCAACAGCCUGUUCCCACCUCCUCUAAGAACACCCUUCUGUAUACGUCAGUCUUCGGUGCCAGACCGGCGCUCCUCAGACUCACGGCUGACUGUCAACUCGCCCAUAAAAGCAAACUCUUUUGAUGGAUUUGCACGGAAUGUGCACGGGGACACAUUGAAUAUCUUCCCCACCAACUCUGUGUCAGCCACAGGACUGUGCAAGUCAGACUCAUGCCUCUAUCAGAGGGGUAAGACUGACCAGAUCACUGAUAUGCUAAUUCAUGAGACCUGGUCAAGCUCUAUCGAGUCUUUGAUGAGAAAGAACAAGAUCAUUGCUGAUCCUGAAGACAGUAUUGAUUUGGAAGCUGCAGGAGACUCCCAGCCCCAUGUGCAGCAGUUUGCCAAUCGCCUGGCAGCUGACAUAGUGGAUAUUGGCAAAUCUGCGCUUGGGGGACAGCAAGAUGUAGGUGGAGGCGCACCUGGGUCACAUCCACAGGCGCACAUGCCUGUUGGUGAAAGGAGGAGAGGGUUCAAGCAAUCCCAUCUACGCUGUAGCCGAAGUAGGUCGAGCCAGGAGCAAGCUGGCAGCAUCGGGUCCGGGGGAAGCGACAGCAGUUCAGCCUGCAUAAGGGGCCCCAGGAACGUGCCGCUGAUCCACAUCGAAGGAGAUCAGCGAGAUGAAGAGAUGCUCUCAAACCCUGAAAGAACAGGGGGACAUCAAGAAGCAUCCUCAGACACGUCGGCUACCAAGCAAGAGAGAGCUCCCACCAACAGCAGCAGCAGUGACAGGGACAGGACAGCCGUGGCGGUGGCUGCAGUAGUGAAGAGGGACAAGCGUUCUAUGAGUGCUAGCAGUGAAGAGAGCAUGGGGAGCUGGUCUCACAUAACCCCUGAAGAUGACCCCCACGAGGAGACCAGUAGUUUUAUCCACCUGAGCGAGGGGAAUGGGACCAGCAGCACGUCUAGCUUAGGCCUGGUAGACCUGGAUUCUUUUUCUGAUGUUCCCUCUCAAAGCACAGUAAUCCACGAGGAGACUGAGAGAUGCCACCUGGCAGGAGCCAAAGACACUGUAUUUGAGAGCAGUUCAGCAAGAACAGCAGGCGACGGAAGCAUCAGGGAGCUGUUGGUGGUAAACUGUGACCUCGAGCCAGAGUGCAUGGACCUGGAGCUGAGAGUGGCUCUACAGUGGAUCGCUGCCUCGGAGUUGGGCCUUCCUGCUCUCUACUUCAGGAAGUCCAAAGAGAAGAGAGUUGCAAAGUUCCUGAGGGUGGUCCACCUGAUGUCUCAGAAGGCGUGGAGGAUUGCAGACUUGUUUGGCGCUGUGGUUCAGUUCUGUAAGCUGCACGAGAAAGCGGAAGAGGCAGGCAAGUCUCUCCAGUCCAGCCUGUUCGAUUGGCUUCUGGAGACACUUUAGGACACUUGCCGCCUCAAAUCGCAAACAGUAACAAUACAAGCUCACUCAUUCACUCACAUUUGUAACAUGUUCCUGUUUGCGCGUGUAUUGUCUCAUCACACCAAGUGUCUCCUACUAAGAGCUGAAAGCACGACGCAAUCAGCAUACUUGAGAAAUUCAUACCUCUCACCCUUGUCCAGUUGGACCGAUCUCCCUUUAAUGAGAGCAUGUUCUUGUUUCCAGAGUUACCUCUCUAGUGACAUGCACGCAAACACACGGCAAACUGUAGGUACACGGGUUGGACGUUCCUGUUGGGAAUGAAUGAGCCCUCCAGUGAUCAUAGUCAGCAGGUUCUAACUGCUCCAGAUUAUAUAGAAAAUAUAUAUUUACAGAUUCACACAGUCGAAUCAUGAUUUUAUUUAUUUAUUCACUCAGAGAAAGGCACCUAUAGGACAUACUGUAGGAAAAUCAGGUUAUAGCCUUCCCGCAGCUCAAGAUGCUCAAACCUUUUGUAUUAAAACUACUUUUAAAAGAGGCUCUUUAAAUCUAAGCCCAAAAAAGCCCUGACACUUUCUUCUGAUGGUCACAUUGAAGUGCACAUUUACUUAAUGUAAGCAAAACGUCCAGAUUUUUGUUGUGUCCAUUGGCUAACGUACCACCUCUGUUGUGACUUUGAAACUCAGUACGUAUGAUAUUUUAUUCAUGUUACUUAAGAAGGGAUUAUUUUGGAUAGCUGUACUGUAUAUACUGUAGAUUUUGAACUGCUGCACCUUGGAGUAGUGGACCGCUCUUUUAGCUUUUGCUAUGUCUAAAAAGACAGAGUAAGGUUUGUAAUGUUGAAUUUGUAUGUGGAUUUGGUCAGUAUAUUUCUCUACUUAGUGGUAAUCUUGUGUUACAACAGCAUUGCGGGGGGAAAAAGCACAUGACACAGCUGUAAACUUGGUCACAGUAGAAAUGAAUGUAUUUAUCUUUUGACAUCAAUAAAUUUCUGUGAUGUGAAAUACGA